GUUUUGUUUCAUUAUUGAUUUUUGAAUUUAUUAAUUUAAAAAAAUUUAUCAAAAAUGGAAAUUUAUUAUCAACAAAUGCGUUCAGAUGAAAUUUCCAAAAUCAUCGAUGAUAUACGUGAUAAAAAACAAUACCGAAAUUCGACUAAUGUUAAUCGCCAAUGUUCAAUAACAUUAAAUUAUGGCCGCUCAAAUUCUAUUGAUCCGAAAGAAAUUAUUGAUCAACUUUAUGGAUCCAAUAACAAUAAUAAUAAUAUUGAUGACAACAACAAUAAUCCUACUGAAAAACAAUUAGAUUUUGAUGAUAAUGUUGAAAUUCCACAAGUGAAUAUUGAUCUUGGCGAUGACGUAAUCAUUGGCGAAAUCAGUACUCCAUGUAAUUUUUAUUUGAUCAAAAAUAAUCCAAAAAUUGUUGCCACUUUCAAAGAAUUUGAAGAAAAACUUGAUCAAUUUUAUGAAAAUGAAAAACAUCGAUUUCAAUUGAUUGAUUUUAAUGCCACUUCGAUUGAAAAUAAUCGUUACGGUGUUGCCAAAAAUCCUGUUGAACCUCAUCGAUGGUCUAGAAUUCAGGUGGUUAAUCAUUCCGAUCAAUCAUCCAGUCAAUGUUUUUUUCUUGAUCAUGGCCUUUUAACGCCAAUUAAUACGGAUCAAAUCUUUAAACUUGAUAAUCGUUUCAAAAAUUAUCCAGCACGUUCAUUUAAAGCUGCAUUAUCAGGUGUAUCACCAAAAUCAGAAUUCUGGUCACUUGCUGAAACCUCAUUUUUUGAAUCCAUAUCCAAAGAUAAAGAAUUGAUUAUCAUACCUUUGAAUGUUAUUGAUAAUGAUCGUCAUGAAUGUUACCUCUUGGAUGGUGAAGUUGAUAUCAAUACAGAAAUUGAAAAUUUCAUUCUUGGUAGCUGUUCGUAAAAAAACAUUCACCAUCAGUCUUUAUUUUCGAAAUUCAUUUGAUUCUCAAAAUACUUUUCAUCUACUACUGAUGAAUGAAUCUGGUCCUUAUCUUGUUUUUGUUUCAUUUAUCGUUGAUUCAUUCGUCGUUAUACUCAACCCAUUUUUGUUUGUUUGUUUUUGUUUUCAUAUAAUCCUCACACAUACCAUAUGCACAGAUAUACAAAUUGAUAAAAACUUUAUAUGUUAUUCAAUCUAAUUUGAUAUAUAAUCAUAAUUCAUCCUGUCACUUACACACGAACUUAUAGUAGUUAUGAAGAAACAAAUUACAAAUUAUCUUCCACUCACACACACAUUUUUUUCUUUUUGUUACAAUGGUAACCUGGUUAAUAAUCUUAAUCAGAUUAUUAUCAAUGAAUAAAUAAAUAAAAAAAAUUGGAUUUCAUUUUCA